UAAAAUUUUGAUUCCUUCUCAUGCUCAACUUUUUUCAAGUAUGCAUUGUUGGGGGGAGAGAAAGAGUUGGCUUAACACCUCCCCUCCAAUUAAUAUAAGAAAUAAGGACAGAAACUGGAGUAGUGAUACUGGUAGUAGUGGUUCAAGCAUAUUGCUUAUCUGAGAUGUUGAUUCUCCUCCUGCUUUCACCACAGUAAAUCAGAAGCAACUCUAGAGAACCCAAUGGAAUUACACUGCUGUGUGACGAGAAUUGGGCUCAUUGUUGAAAUCCAAAGUUAGAAACAUGCUUUCAAAACCCAGCUGAUCUUAAUACCCACAUCAGCAAUUUUUAAAAUACUUGUCAUAAAUUAAACCCCCUCUGUAAAGUGUCGAGAAAGGAGAAGGUGAGCGAAUACUCACCAUAGAAACACUCACAUCAGAGGGAAGAGUGAAGUUGUGUCAAUUCAGUGACCUUCCAUUCCCUGAGCAAGUCAACCUUACUCAGCCACAGUGUGUGUGCUAAGAGUCUUUUGGGUAUGUGUUUGAGAAGGUGAUGUCUUAUGCUGUACUUGCUAGGUUUUGUGGUUUCUCUUGCGUUACCGUCCCUUAGCAGUCUGAACCAACUUUCAUGAACUGUGUGUUUUGAAUAACACACACAGUUAUACUUGUAUAACUUCAGUUUCGGAGGAGGGGGGAGGGGCAUUGCAUAUGUCUCUGUGUGGAAUUUGGUGCUUAUUCUGGCUUUUUUUCAUCCUGUAGGAGUCCUUUUUUCAUUUCUUCUGUAUUCGAGUAGAAAUUGCAAACACAUCUGCAGGGAGCCAGGGGAUUGCUGUGUCUCUGAAAACGCCGAACUAGCACUAGAAUCAUAGAACCAUAGAGCUAGAAGAGACCUCAGAAGGUCAUCAGGUCCAUUUAAAGAAGAGGGAAUCUGCUUCAGACUUCAGUUAAACACAUUUGCAUUUUUGUUUUAUGAUUGUCUUUUUUUUCCCUGCUCCCCUUUUUUUCCUAGCCAUGUCUCAGGCUGUGCAGACCAAUGGAACUCAACCUUUAAGCAAAACGUGGGAGCUCAGUUUAUAUGAAUUACAGAGAACACCUCAGGAAGCAAUAACGGAUGGUCUGGAAAUAGUGGUGUCACCUAGAAGCCUGCACAGUGAAUUGAUGUGUCCCAUUUGUUUGGAUAUGUUGAAAAACACCAUGACAACAAAGGAAUGCUUGCAUCGUUUCUGUGCUGAUUGUAUCAUUACAGCCCUCAGGAGCGGAAACAAAGAGUGUCCCACAUGUCGGAAAAAGCUUGUUUCUAAAAGAUCACUGAGACCAGAUCCGAAUUUUGAUGCCCUCAUCAGUAAAAUUUACCCAAGCCGAGAUGAAUAUGAGGCUCAUCAAGAGAGAGUCCUAGCACGGAUCAGUAAACACAAUAACCAGCAAGCUCUGAGCCACAGCAUUGAGGAAGGAUUAAAGAUUCAAGCCAUGAACAGGCUACAACGAGGCAAGAAGCAACAGAUUGAGAAUGGCAGUGGAGCAGAGGAUAAUGGUGACAGUUCACACUGUAGCAAUGCUUCAACACACAGCAAUCAGGAAGCAGGGCCCAGUAACAAAAGAACCAAAACAUCAGAUGAUUCUGGGCUAGAACUGGACAAUAACAACACAACUGUGGCAAUAGACCCAGUAAUGGAUGGUGCUAGUGAAAUAGAGCUGGUCUUCAGGCCCCACCCUACACUCAUGGAGAAUGAUGACAGUGCACAGACCAGGUACAUAAAGACCUCUGGCAAUGCCACUGUUGAUCACUUGUCUAAGUACCUAGCUGUGAGGUUGGCUUUGGAGGAACUUCGAAGCAAAGGAGAGUCAAACCAGAUGAAUCUUGACACAGCCAGUGAGAAGCAGUACACAAUUUACAUUGCUACGGCCAAUGGCCAGUACACUGUAUUAAAUGGUUCCUUUUCCUUGGAGCUGGUCAGUGAAAAGUACUGGAAAGUGAACAAACCCAUGGAACUCUACUAUGCACCAACAAAGGAACAUAAAUAGGCUUUGCAAGAAGGUUUGGAGUGAGGACUCCAACUAACUUUUAUAGCUAUGAUUUAAUAUUAAGAAGGCACCACCAUCAUCUUCAAUGGACAGAACUUGGAAUGUCUUCAGACUACUCAGAGCGUAUUUCUUCUUAUAAUUAGACAGUAUUCUAGGUUUUAUCUUUAAUUUAUUUUUUUUUCAAGGGGACGGAAUAACCUUCUCCAGUGCAUUCCAUUGUAGUCAUCAAAGAGAUGCUUUUUUGUUCCCAGCUUGAGAUCAGAUCAAGCAAAGGUUCCAGCGUGGAAUGAAACAUACUCCAGGAAAAGCUGUUGGUCUGCUAAUAUACCUGAUACAAUUACACCAGCCCUUUGAUGAGAGUUUAAAGUAGUCUAAUCAAUAGUAGCACAUGUUGUGAGGUAUGUUAAUGAUGGUGAUUUGCUAACUACUAUCAUUAUAAAAGAUGUUUGAAGAAUUCAAUUCUGAUAACAGCAUGCGGUUUGGGUUCCAAGGUAUUUACACUAGUAAUCUGGUCCCCUGGGAGAAUUGGAUUAUUGGUGGUAAUCAAGGUACUGCUAUAGCUUUCAGUAGACCAAGAUACUGAAGGCUUAGAGGAAAAAGUUCUGACACUUUUUAAAAAAUCUUGCUACCUGCUGGAUUUCAUUCAUUUCAGUAUCAGAAUCAAUUAUGUUUAAAUUUUUUUUCCUGGGCAGACUGUCACAGUCCCUGUGCACUCUAAUUUCUUAUCUUUCACUCCUGUUGCAGAAUUAUCAUGUCCUUGGUAUGGCAGAUAACAUUUAUUAUACAAAAUUUUCUCUGAUCCUAGCACAUC